AUGUUCAACGAAUUAGAGGAAAUGGAGGAUGUCGGCGAAGAGGAACAACAAAAUCAACAGAUUCCACAAGAAAACAUUCCAGCCGAAGACUUCCCAAUCGCGCAAGACAUCGAUGAACUGCUCGAAGACGCUCCACUUCCAGACGAUGAUGAAAUGAUAGAAGAAGACGAAGAGAGACCACAAACAACAGAAUCUCGUGAAAAAUCAGAAGAAUCACAAGUAGUUGAGGAAGAGAACGAAUCGAAAGAAGAUGAUGAAUCGCCGAUAGCUCCAUCUAGAUUAGGAGAUGCAAUUGAUUCAUUAAUGAUGCAUUGGUUGCAGUUAUUAACCAAUGUAACAGCAAAAGCACCUGUUCCCACACCAUCAACACUUGAUCAUGUUAAAGAAGUCGCCGAGGUUUGCAGUAAACAUUUCCGUGAUGCAUCUGUGGACGUGAAUAAUGAAUUCAGACGUCUCGGAAUUCAAUGGGAAAUGGAAGAAUUGUCGGAACAGUCGAUAGUCGAAGAGAAGAAUCUCGAUGAAGCAAUCGAAAGACAAGAAAAGCUGAUGGAAAACGCGAGAGAGAUUAUAAAACAACGAACGGAAAUGUAUGCGGAGAAGUGUCCGGAGGCUGGCAAACAUCUCACUACCUAG